AACCCCACCCCUCUGGCAGAACCAGGAAGCCGCUCCUACAAACUUUCCGUUUUGAAAGAGAAACUGAUUUGAGUCGGUCUUUGUGAGUGAAAAGCAGUCCAAAUGGCUAAACAGGGAGUUCUGCUUGACCAGGAUCAGUUCUGUUGUUCGGUCUGUCUGGAUCUACUAAAGGAGCCGGUAACUACUGGCUGUGGACACAGUUACUGUAGGAGCUGUAUUGAGGGCUGCUGGGAUCAGGAUGACCAGAGGGGCGUCUACAGCUGCCCCCAGUGCAGACAGACCUUCACUCCAAGACCUGCUCUGAGGAAAAAUGGCAUGUUGGCUGAGGUGGUGGAGAAACUGAAGGCAGGACUCCAGGCUGCUCCCCCUGUUUUGCGCUAUGCUGGACCUGGAGAUAUGGCAUGUGAUUUCUGCACUGGGACCAGAAAGCAGAAAGCCCUCAUGUCCUGUCUGGUGUGUUUGGUGUCUUACUGUGAGACUCACCUCCAACCUCACUAUGAUAUUCCUGGCCUAAAGAAGCACACGUUGGUCAAAGCCACUGCGCAACUACAGGAAAAGAUCUGCUCUCAUCAUGACAAACUGCUGGAGGUUUACUGUCGUACCGACCAGAAGUGUAUCUGUGUGCUGUGUAUGGAUGAACAUAAAGGCCAUGAUACACUGUCAGUAGCAGCAGAGAGGACUGAGAAACAGACACAGCUGGGGAUGAGUCAGCAGAAAGUCCAGCAGAGAGUCCAGCGGAGAGAGAAGGAGUUGAAGGAGCUCCAACAGGCUGUGGAGUCUCUCAAGCGCUCUGCACAGGAAGCGGCAGAGGACAAUGAGAGGAUCUUUACAGAGCUGAUCCGCUCCCUGGAGAAACUGCACACCGAGGCGAAGGAGCUGAUAAAAGCCCAGGCGAAGGCUCAAGUGAGUCGUGCUGAAGGACUCCUUGAGCAACUGGAGCAGGAGAUAGCUGAGCUAAAGAGGAAAGACACUGAGCUGGAGCAGCUCUCACACACAGAGGAUCACAUCCAUUUCCUCCAAGUAACUUCUUACUCCAAUCCUAGUGUAUCUUCAGACUUACCCGCUAUCGUUGUUAGUCCUCAUCAGUACUUUGGAGACGUGAGCGAGGCUGUGUCUGAGCUGAGAGAGAAACUACAAGGCUUCCUUAAAGGACAAUGGACCAAGAUCUCCAGCGCAGUGAAUACAGUGGAUGUUCUAUUACCUCCAGAGCCCAACACCAGAGAACAGUUCUUACAAUAUUCCUGUCAGCUGACUCUGGACCCAAACACAGCACAUUGCAACCUCUCUCUGUCUGAUGGGAACAAAAAGAUGACAGCUAAACCAGGGCGUUCAUAUCUUGAUCAUCCAGACAGAUUCACUGACCGCUGCCAGGUGCUGUGCAGUGAGGGUCUGUCUGGACGAUGUUACUGGGAGGUGGAGAGGAGUGGGAACGGUGUUUCUAUAGCAGCCUCAUAUAAAGAUAUUAAGAGAACAGGUGGUAAUGACUCAGAAUUAGGAUUCAAUGACAAGUCCUGGAGUUUACAGUGUCAUCAUGGUGGUUAUUGUUUCAGACACAAUAGUGUUGAGACUCAAGUAUCAGGCCCUCUGCCAUCCAGAGUAGGAGUGUACCUGGAUCACAAGGCAGGUUCUCUGUCCUUCUACAGUGUUUCUGGUACAAUGAGCCUCCUCCACAGGGUCCAGACCACAUUCACUCAGCCCCUCUUUCCUGGGUUUUGCUUUGGUUUUGUUGGAGAUACUGCAGAGCUGUGUAAGUUGUAGAGGUUGCCUUACUGGAUAUGCUUUAUCAUGUACUUUAACCCUGUGCAAUUAUUGCAUCCUGUGAUUUAAGAUAUCUUUAGUUUAGUCAAUGUUUGUCUUGUACAUUCACAUUCAUCUCCAUGUAUUCUCACUUUGAUAUAAAUAACUACUGUACUGCUAUAUUUUUUAUUAUGAAACACAGUAGGCCUUUUUUAAUGGAUUUCAAUAAAUUAAGACUGAUUGUCUGGUGUUUUUACCCACUGA